AUGCAGUGCGGAGUCGAUCGAGCUUCCACCGCGGCCUUCAGGCACCACACACACCUGCACAUUGCGUUUUUAGGCUUUUCGCCUCCCUGUAUGCUCGCCAACCUUCGACUCGAUCUUCCCGAUUCGGCGGCUGAGCACAUGCUUCUGGACAUCUAUUCAACACGUUCCCGGCCCAACAUCUCGGCCCUCCCCGGAGUCGUGUCCGCAUCCGAAACAUCAGGUCCACGACGCCUGAGCUCAGAUGCCGUCGUGCCAACCAUCCCUCGCCGCCGUUUUGUGUGGCUCCUCGUUCCCUCCAGCUUUUCCCAGGCCCUCAGACUGGGCGUGCCCAAGCUUCGGACUCCGCGUCAGCCCUGUCUCGCCUGUAGCACCACCAUUUGCCAGCCGCGAUACUUCCUCGAGCUGUGCAAUGUCGACAAUGUACAACCGCAGUUGCACGUUGGCACCGAAUCUCACCGCCCUUGCUCAUGUGUGGCGGCGAUCCGUCCUUGCCGCCGUGGUACUGCACUUGGUAAGAAGCAGCCACCUGGCAUCGCUGCCGCCUCUUCGGCGUUCGAAAGCCUCGUUCUCCAGCCCGCACGGCCGCUGUUUCACGUUGUCCGUGGUUUGCAAAUACGUUCCUGCCUCUUUCGGCCCGUCCACCCGGCACACUGGCGUCGCCUCACUGAUCCGCAUGCUGCCACCGUCAACGGCAACGCGGCUCACGGGUCCAGGCUCGAACAAGCCAACGGACCCAACACAUCAUCCAACCUACCUGCCCCCUGUAGUCAACUUCUCUCAUUUGCAUACCCACGAAAGCAUCGCAAGGCGCGACUGCAUCCACUGCAUCUUUGCCAAGGAAACGACCGCUGGCUCUCCAAGAUGGCAGGCUCCAUUUUCACACGGCUCUUCGGCCAGACGUCGGCAUGGUACUACUCGUGGACGCCGAUGAUCAUGCUCGUAUGCUACUGCAUGCUCUCCUUCUUCUUCUACCUGCUCAUUCCCGCCGGUCUGCACCGAGCGCUGUGGUACACCUUUGUCGCGCUGCAGACGUUCACAGCGCUCUCGGUGUCGACCGAGGCGAUGCAGAGCAUCCGACCCUCGAUCAACGCGCGCAAGGCGUGGCGCCACGCCAAGGUACACGGCUUCAAGCUCGAGGACGGACAGGAGUGGCCGAUGAUCGACGUGGUGCUCGUCGCCUACCUGCCCAACGAGCAGGAGAUCAUCAUGCGCCAGGUCAAGUAUGCGCUGCGCGAGCUCAACUACCCAGCCAACCGCAUGACGAUCAACGUCUGCUACAACACGCCUUAUCCCAUCGAGCCCGUCGAGACCGAGCUGCGCAACCUGGCCAAGGAGCGAUCCAACCUGCGUAUCGUCAAGGUGCCCAAGUCGACGUCCAAGGCGGAGAACAUCAACCACUUCCUCACGCUCGAGUCCAAGGGCGAGAUCAUCACGCUCUACGACACCGACCACUACCCGGAGCCGGAUGCGCUCCGCUGGGUGGCUAAGCGCUUCAUGCAGGGCGGUGUGGAUAUCAUCCAGGGCCGAUGCUGCAUCUACAACUACAGCGAGACGUUCAUGACCAAGCUCAUCGCCUCGGAGUUUGACCUGAUCUACGGCGUCAUGCACUCGGGUCGUGCCGAGAUCCAGGGCUACGGAUUCUUUGGUGGCUCCAACGGACACUGGAACGCGUCGCUGCUGCGAACGCUGGGUAUGCAGAAGCACAUGCUCACCGAGGAUAUCGACUCGUCGAUGCGAGCCAUCAUCUCGGGUGCACGUAUCGAGUACGAUCUCAAGGUGCUGUCUUACGAGCUGGCGCCCGAGACGCUUCCUGCGCUGGUCAAGCAGCGUCUGCGAUGGGCGCAGGGUUGGACGCAGGUGGCCUUCCGACACGCCAUGCCUUCCAUGCGUCGCGGUGCGUACUCGGACAACAACAGCUGGCGCUCGCGCGUGGGUCUCUUCCAACUCCUCCUCUACCGCGAGAUCUACUUCUACAUCAACUCGCAGCUCGUCUUUAUGCUCGCCUCGGGCAUCUGCUACAACAUCCCCACCCAGGGCCUCAAGCGCUACUUUGAAGACUUUGGCGGAUACGCGCUCUCGAUGUUCGCCCUCGCCGUCAACCUCAUCUGCCUCGGCCUGACGAUUUGCAUCCAGGCCAGGAACAGGUCCCACUUUACGCGCAUGGGUGGUAUUUUGCUCUUCGCAGCUUGCACCCCCAUCUGGUACUCGGUCACCUCGCUCAUGGCCAUCUUCUGCCACUUCCGCGAGUUUAUCAAGUUCGAAAAGUGGAACCCCACCGCACGUACCUCGGCCAACUCCAAGACCGGCACCGCGGCCAACAACUCGCGCCAGGGCUCCAACACCAACAGCGUGGUCAACUGA